ACGCGGAGGGAGCGGAAGGUUUUUUGUGAGGUGACGGAAGGGGCGGAGCUUAGUUGCAGAGUGUGCAGAUGAGCGGAGGCCGCACGGAGGACGCUCCUGAGCCGGCAUGGCGCUCCAGCCUGUACCCAGCUGCUCCAUGCAGCCGGCGGAGUCAGAGCUGUAUUUCCUAAUAGCGCGAUUUCUCUCCAAGGGGCCAUGUGCGAAAUCCGCACAGAUGCUGAUCCAGGAGUUAAAUGAAAACAACCUUCUUCCGAAUAGAUUGGAUUGGCAUGGAAAUGAACACUCAAGGACGUAUGAGGAAAUGGUUUCCUCCAACAAGACAGUGACCGGUGACCAUUUGCUAAGGAUUUGUCAGGGUUUAACGCGCUUCGUCGACAAGAACGCGCCAGUGACCGUAUCGAGAGCGAGCUCUUUACUUGGAAUCGUCAACAAGCCAUUAUGUUCAGAAAAAGGUUACAGAAAUACUCAGUGGAGCCACAAAACAUUUGCCACUCUUCAACGCGGGAGACCCCCAGAAGUGCCUAUUACUGCAAGGAGACCACCAAAUAUUGUGAACGUGCACCAUGGCAAACACUUAACCGGUGCUGUGAGUUUCAACUCUGCGUUUCCUGUCACCAUGUACCAGCAGAUCAAGAUGCACAAGAGGAUUCUUGGCCAUCUCUCUUCUGUCUACUGCGUUGCUUUUGAUCGCACUGGUCAAAGGAUUUUCACUGGCUCUGAUGACUGCUUGGUGAAGAUCUGGUCUGUACUUGAUGGACGGCUGCUAGCCACACUAAGAGGUCACUCAGCAGAGAUCUCUGAACUUACUGUGAACUAUGAAAAUACCUUGAUCGCUGCUUCAAGCUGUGAGAAGAUCAUAAGAGUGUGGUCUCUCCGGACCUGUGCCCCCAUGGCUGUGCUUCAGGGUCACUUAGGGGCUGUUACCUCAUUACUUUUCAGCCCACUGGUCAAAGGAUCUACCAGAUACUUGGUGUCUACAGGAGGAGAUGCAACUGUCUGCUUAUGGCAAUGGGACGUCGAUACCUUGGAGUUCAAUGAUCGUCCCCAGAAAUUCAUAGAAAGAUCUGGCCCCGGAGCUCAGAUGCUCUGUUCUUCAUGUAGUGAUGGUGGAAUGUUUUUAGCGGUCGGUGGUAGUGACCACGCCAUCCGGCUCUACUACUUUGGUAAUGAUGUACCUGAGAAAGUAUCUGAACUUGAAGGCCAUAAUGAUAUCGUUGACAGCAUUUUAUUUUCCUACAAUAGUGAAAGGUUUGUAAGUGGAAGCAAAGAUGGAAUAGCACGAAUAUGGAGAUUAGAGGAGCAGGAGUGGCAGAGUAUUGUACUUGACAUGGACACCAAUCUAGAUGACAGACAACGUAGUAAUGAUCAUACGUCUUAUCCAAAGCCCAAGGUUCUCAUGAUCGCGUGGAACACCACGGAUAGCUAUGUUGUGACUGCGAGCAGUGCCCACCUGCUGAAGGUGUGGGAUUCACAUACUGGGAAACUGCUGCAUGUUCUGAUGGGUCAUGAAAAUGACAUUUACGUCUUAGAACCGCACCCAUUUGACUCCAGAAUGAUGUUAUCUGCUGGACAUGAUGGAAAUAUAUUCAUAUGGGAUAUUAAAAAUGGCAGUAAAGUCACGCACUACUUCAAUUUGAUCGAAGGACAAGGCCACGGAGCCAUACUUGACUGCAAGCUUUCAGCCGAUGGCCAGCGCAUAGCAGGGACAGAUUCACAUGGAUAUCUGCUCAUUUUCGGCUUUGGCAAUGGCAAAUCCUAUGAGAAGAUUCCGGAGCAGAUGUUUUUUCACACAGAUUAUAGACCUCUCAUUGUAGAUGGAAACCAGUUUGUCCUCGAUGAGCAAACCCAGCAGGCUCCACACUUGAUGCCACCACCAUUUUUGGUAGAUGUUGACGGAAACCCUCACCCACCUACUUAUCAGCGACUGGUGCCUGGGAGAGAGAACUGUGCAGAUGAGCAUUUGGUUCCCCAGCUGGGAUAUAUGGAAACUGUUGAUGGUGAAAUCGUGGAACAAGUGGUCAGUCAGCAGACAAACUCUGAUCAGCAGAACCAAGAUCCCAACCUGCGCCCGGAUCAGAGGCCCAAUCUAGAGCAAGAACCUGGCUCCAGCGCUCAGCCCACUAAUGCAGCCCGAAGAGAUCUUGCUUCUCCUCCAAAUAUUGGCCUGAGGCGUAGCGGUCAAGUAGAGGGGGUUCGCCAGAUGCAUAAUAAUGCACCUCGCAGUCAGAUCGCUACCGAGAGGGAUCUGCUUGCCUGGAGGAAAAGAGUUGUUGUCCCAGAGAUAACAAGCGUCAUUUACAGGAAGGAGGAAGAUAUUAGAAUUGCUAGAGGAGAACAGGAAAAGUUGUUUUUUGCGAACCAGAAACAGCGCGGUCUGUGUGAUUAUUCACAAGAGGAUAACCUUCGGGCUCGUAACCUGAGACUGCGUAAGAAGAUGGCAUCUCGCAUGCGACCACCACGACGGGAUGUAGAAGAAUUUCUUGAUCUUUCUUGUGAAGAAGAUAAUGGUACAAGGUCAUCUGCAGAUGAGGAGGAGGAGGAGGAGGAGGAAGCGGAGGAGAUAGAAAAUCAAACUGAUAAUACAAUGCAGUCUCCUUCUGAGGAUGAAGAUGACUGGAGAAACACAAGUGACAUAUCCAGUGAAUACUCUGACUGGACCGCAGACGCAGGAAUUAAUCUUCAACCACCGAGCCGCAAUUCCACGCGCCGUAGAGUUCAGAGGGUGAUGAGCAGCUCUGAGGAUGAGAGUUCAGCGGGAGAGAGAUCCACAGAAGAGAAGUCCACGCCCAAAAGAGUGAGGCCUAAAAAAUCUACUGUGGACAGUGAGACACCAAGGUCGGCUGAGAGAGUUCCUCUGAACCGAGAAAUCUCCAGUGACUGGCGUCCGUCUAACUGGAUCACGGACACGACCCCUCGGCGGUCCCCUUUUGUUCCACAGAUGGGGGAUGAAGUCAUCUACUUUCGACAAGGUUAUGAAGCAUACCUCAACGCUGUCCAAAGAAGCAACCUCAGUAUUGGCAGUUCACUAAAGGAGCCUUGGAAGAAAUGUGUGCUGAGGGACCAGGAAUUGGUGAAAAUUGUUGGCAUCCGAUAUGAAAUUGGACCUCCCACUUUGUGCUGUCUCAAACUUGCCCUGAUAGACCAUGUUAGUGGAAAGAUCACUGAGCAAUCCUUCUCUCUCAAAUAUCAUGACAUGCCGGAUGUGAUAGACUUCCUUGUGUUGAGGCAGUUCUAUGAUCAUGCACGUCGUACCGAUUGGCAGGCAGGUAACCGGUUCCGCUCUAUAAUAGAUGACGCGUGGUGGUUCGGGAUGAUUGUCGGCCAAGAGCCAUAUCAAGCCGAUUAUCCGGACAGCCUGUUCCAGUGCUACACCGUGAAGUGGGAUAAUGGAGAGAUUGAAAAGCUAAGUCCGUGGGACAUGGAUGUCAUUCCCGAUGAUGUACUUCCGCCCGAAGAGCCAGGAGCCAGCAUCUCCAUUACCGAUGAAGAGCGCGAUACUUUAUUGUAUUCCCCCCAGGAAGGAGAAUGGGGGGAAGGGGACCAGGACAGUGAAUGUGAGCGAAUCAUUUGUGGCAUUGACCAGAUCCUUAAUCUAGACUGGACGGGUCCUUUUUCUGCACCUGUAGAUCUGAGUGUCUAUCCGGCGUACUGCAUGAUGAUCGCUUACCCUACGGAUCUCAGCACCAUACGGAUGAGGCUUGUGAAUCGUUUUUACCGGAGGGUUUCUGCACUGAUGUGGGAAGUAAGAUACAUUGAACAUAAUGCCAGGACGUUCAACGAGCCGGGAAGCAACAUCACAAAAUCUGCAAAGAGAAUUGCUGACCUGCUCUUAAAAUUUAUUAAGGACAGCAACUGUUGCAGUAUUACGGACUUGAGCACUUCUCCUGAGGGGUCUUCUGAAGAAGAGACGUGCAAUGGACAGAGUGAGAACACCACCAAUUCCUGGAAGAGCCGCUGCAUGGACCUUGUUGACUUUCUAAUAGACUGUGAAGACUCCGAGCCUUUCAGGGAGAUGGUGGACUCUGAGCAGUUUCCUGAUUACAAGGACAUUAUUAAAACACCAAUGGAUUUUGGGACCAUCAAAGAAACGUUGUCAGCCGAAGGUUACAGCAGCCCCUACGAUCUGUGUAAUGACAUGAGAUUAGUCUUCUCAAAUGCAAAGCUGUAUACACCGAAUAAGAAAUCAAGGAUAUACGGGAUGGUGUUGAGACUGUCGGCGCUUAUGGAAGAGAGGAUGAAAGGGAUUCUCUUUGAGUACAAAGCUGCCCAGAAAUUUCGGAUGAGUCCUGCAGAUUGGAGCGGUACGAAGAAAGUCCCUGGAAAGGAUGUGCAGCGUGGGAGAAGAUCGCAGAGCGUCUCAGACAGAAAAUUCAGGCCAGAAAGACCAUCCACAUCCGAUGAAACGAACCAAUGUUUCCUAGAAAUGUCUUCACCACAGCCUACCUCAAGUGGAGCAGCCUGUGCUCCUAGUCCCCUCAGUGAAGCCAGUUCUUCUUCAAGAGACCACGAUGGACAAUCACUUUGCUUUUCACCUGCGUCGGUCACUAAAUCCCAUGCAUCAAGCAGAGAGCGAGACUCCUCUCCAAGCUGUUCCAGGUCAUCAGGAAGCGAAACAGACUCUUCCUCUUCUACCUCGGCUUCUGAACAUUCCUCCAGCUCUUCAUCCUCCUCCAGCUCGGAAAUAAAUGACAAGACGGACUCAAGUUCAGCAUCAAACAUGGUUAAUGGCGUGAAGACUAAGAUGACUAAUGGCAGGCAACAGAGAGCAACUGCUUUGAAGCAAGCAUCUCAGGGCAAUAACCAAAGGAGAACUGCGUCCAGCAAACGGAGAAUAUCAAGUUCCUCCGAAUCAGACUCUGAAUCUACUGGAAAAACUCAUCAGGGAAUGCGGAAGAAAAUGCUCCGCAAAUGUGCUGCCCUGGCAGCCAACAAGAUCAAAAACAUGUCUGACGUAGAGAACAGCGCCUCCACCUCGGACAGUGAUUGCAGCGCAAGCAGAAACAGCAGAAUCCUGCCCCAGCGGACAGCGGCGGAAAAAGCUAAGAGACGACUGCUUGACAACAGCGAUGAGGAGACAGGCUUAAGAAGUGACAGCGAGAGGGAAUGUCCCGCAGUGAAGGCGCCUAAGUCUCAGUCUCCAGAAUGCCGAGUCGUCCUGACCAACGUAUGUCCCGCUGGCACUUUUGGAGGUAGAAUAUUACCUCAGACCAGAAAUGGGGAAGUGUCCGAUACGGAGUCAGAACCUGAAUCGCCUUGUAGAAAAAGACAGAAAAAACUUGCAUCUCCACCGCGAGUCAGGAAGCAAAGACUAAUAAGCGACUCUGACUCCUUAUUCUCCAGCUCCAGUGAUAGUUCUCCGCCCAGACAAGCGAAUGGUGUUCCCCCCGAUACAGAGUCCUCCCUCUCUGAUGACAGCGAGGACGUCCGUACCAAUGAUAGCGUGGCAGGCAGAUCCAGAGGUCAUGACUCCAAGAGGAAACGUAUCCUUAGCAGCUGCGAUGAGGAUUGGCAGGAAAAGGACAGCAAACGUCCCCGCAAGCUUACCCGUCGCUCCAAAAUCCGCACAAGAAACCAAGGGAAAAGGACAGUGAGGUACGACGAGAAUCCGGCUCACAGCGACGAAAACUUGAACGGUGCUCAGUCUCGAGCCUCCGGUCUUCAGAGGGUGUCCCACCGAGAGCGGGCAAGACAGUUCUUCCGCUAAAUUCACAAAGUUUAAGAAAGUUAACUUUUUAAUGUUUAUUCCAAUUCAGGGAUUAGACUUUCUUUAUUUUUUUUUCCUCUAAAGAAAUUGGAUAAGUGAAUGUGUCCACAGGAGACUCUUUACUUGUUUACUUGCACUUGUUAUUGAAGCAUUUACAGCACAGAUGCCAACUUGUGCCUCACGACGGGCAGAAGGCAAAAAGGUGUUUGUAUUUACAAAUGUUCGGUAAUUUCAAGGCUUUUUGCCGUGUGACGCCACAUCCCGGUAGCCUCCCUUUUACCGUCGUUGACUUAUCGGCCAUUGAACACUAAUUUGCACAGGUUACGUUACGUUUACAAAUGUUUAUAGUUUUGUAAAAAAAAAAGAAUAAUAAUUAAUAUUUUUUUUUCUUGUUAGAUUUUUACAAAUGCAGAAAGUUGUUAAAAAGAAAGUUUAUCCUUUUUUUUUUUUUUCUAUUUUCUCCUAGACACUUGAACACAAUUUAAGUUUCAGAAUCCGGUAUAGGUUAAUGCCAUUAAUUUAUUAUCAUUAUUAUUAUUUUUUGUAUCAUUAUUAUUAUUGUUGUUAUUGUUCUUGACUGUCGAAAUCUUCCCUUUAUACUGAAGGGUUGUUUCUACAGAAUUUAUUUUUAUUUUUUCGCCCUUCUCUCGAUUUUCCUAAGUGAAAACCUUCCAAAGUAUUAACUUAUGAGACGUUGGCACGGGGUUGAUUCGGGCUGUAGCUUAUACUACCAUGGGAAGACUGCCAUUGUAAAGGUACAAUAGACACCAAGCGUCGCUAACCAAAAUGUUCACUAAUUUCCUGCUUUAUUUGCCGAUUCUUGUCAGUCUUCCAAAGCUUAUUUGUCUUCAAGAAGUUCUCUACCUAAAUUUUUUUUUUUGUGUAAAAUCUGCUUAUAACUACUAUUUGAGGAGACCGCUACCAAGCUGCUUUUCCCUGUGUCAACAGUGCCAAUCCAACUGAAUGUCUACCAUUGAGCAUCGUGUCUAUGCCAAGGUAUUUGGGGGUAUGUUCCACCAUUAUAGCUGCUUCCUUGGAUGUCAAAAUUACAUGCUCAUUGUCAACCCCCUGCAGAAGUGGUUUUGUCCACAUUGAAGAAGCUACAACAUUAGAACAUACUCCUAGAGCUCUGUCUCUCUUUAAAAGGGGGGUAUCCAGGAAGAGAAAAACAGGAUUUAAAAGGAUAGCACCACACUUGUCCUCAGGGUGUGUGUGGUAUUACAGCUCAGUUCCAUUGAAGUAAAUAGAGCCAAGUUGUAAAACCGCACACAACCUGAGGGACGGCUGAUGCUUUUUUUGUUUUGGUUUUUUAAGAAAUCGGCCCCUGUUUUACUAAUUCCUGAUAAUGACAUAAUAACUCCUUUAAUGAUAUAUUAAGCAAUAGUAGUGAAUGUGAAUGAAUACAACAUAAAUAUUUAGUGUUCAUUGGUGGACAAUUCACGUUUAAGCCUGGAUACUAUGGACACGCUACCUAAUAACCACAGUGUUCAAUUUAAACAAGAAGCCCUGGCAGGAUCAAACCACUCCUUUUUCAGUGACUGUUCACGUUUAUGGCUUCAUCCAUUACGUGUAUUAUUUGCACCAAAACUACAUUGGGAAGAAUAAGGGGCAGGUGGGUAAUAUUUCUAGAUUAUAAUACUUUUUUUGGUCUAUUCAGGUGUGAACCAGUCCUAGCUUGCCUCGCUUAUAACCAUUUUCUGACAAUUAGGUGGAAAAGUAGGGUAGCUCCACUGCAAUUUGCACAUUUCACUUUAAGAAAUUUUAGAGCCACUUCCUGAUACCGUGAGCAGAAAUAGAUCUGCAAGGAGUGACCAUGUGGCGGCUGCUGACCCCCUCCCCCCCUUCCCACAGAACACUGAUAUUGCAGCAGUCUGUGGUCAGAUUAGGGGGACAGGCUUUCAUAAAUUGGAGACUAGGUUGCUGACCCCUUCCCACACAACCCUGAUGUUGCAGCAGUCUGUGGUCAGAUGAGGGGAACAGGCUUUCAUAAUUUGGAAACUAGGUUGCUGAUCCCCUUCCCACAAAACACUGAUUUUGCAGCAGUCUGUGGUCCGAUGAGGAGGACAGGCUUUCAUAAAUGGGAAAUUAGGUUGCUGAUCCCCUUCCAACAGAACCCUGAUGUUGCAGCAGUCUGUGGUCAGAUGAGGGGGACAGGCUUUCAUAAACGGGAAACUAGGUUGCUGAUCCCCUUCCUACAGAACACUGAUGUUGCAGCAGUCUGUGGUCCGAUGAGGAGGACAGGCUUUCAUAAAUGGGAAAUUAGGUUGCUGAUCCCCUUCCAACAGAACCCUGAUGUUGCAGCAGUCUGUGGUCAGAUGAGGGGGACAGGCUUUCAUAAACGGGAAACUAGGUUGCUGAUCCCCUUCCUACAGAACACUGAUGUUGCAGUGGUCUGUGGUUAGAUGAGGGGGGACAGGCUUUCAUUAAUGGGAGACUUGCAGCUAUCUGGUCACUACAUGCAGUGCUUAUUGUAUUCCUUACCUGGGAUAGCCUUCUUCUUAGAUGACUCUUCUCCCACAUGGCAGCUGGCUGUUAUACACAUAAACCUUAGCGGAUAGUGUUUUCCAAACGGUGGGCCUCCAGCUGUUGCAAAACCACUACCAGCAUGCUUUCUGGGAUUUGUGGUUUUGCAACAGCUAGAGAGACAUUGCUUGGAAAACAAAUAUAUAAUGUGUAUAGGGGUUUCAGACUUUUCUGGCAAAUGUCGCUGGAAUGGUCCGGUAUGUAGGUUAAUAUUUUUUGUUCACGGGAGAAAAGCCGCCAUUAGAAGAAUUUGGUUACAGUUUCCUCCCUACUCAAAAUACAUACGUGAAAGCACGGCCUAACCGAGCGUGCAUUUGUAUAGGUGAAUUAGGAGCCAUCGAUAGGAGACUGCUUCACCCAAGGUAGGAGAUUUUAGUGUUUUGGUUCAGAAUUCACCAUUUACCACAAGCUGCCAAUGAAUUGUCCCCCCCUCGAUGUUGUCAUUUCGGCCCUAUUUGCCUCCGACGGAGGAAGUUUGGUUGCAAACAGCCUCUUCAUGCAGGGAGAUCAACCUCGACUGUUGCCGAUAGAGCGUCUAUAUCCAAUACUGAAUACCAUUUUUACCCUUGUUUUAAAGGGCCCCGACGCGUGCGGUGCUGACAUUUUUUUUUUUGUUGCUAUGACGGCGCUAUCUAUCUCGUGUCAAGAUCAGAAUGGCUCUUUCUUUUUUUUUUUUUUGCACUGUUUGCCGUUUGGAUCGUAUCUGUGUAAGCGUGGGGUGCUAUGGAAAAAAAAAGAGGUAUUCGCAUUAAAACGUUUUGACUGAUUCUAAUUCUAUAUUAAAAGUAUUUUCUGCUAGAGAUUAAAAUGUUUAUGUGCAAUUUGGAGACCAUUGCUUUAUUUUGAAUAAAAAAAAAUUGUACGGGUUUCAGUUGUGUAAUCCGCAAUCAUUUAUUUUACAUGGUAGCCGUUGACACAGAUGCCAUAAGGUACAACCCCGAUUUAUGAAAAAAAAUUCAAGAGGACCUCUGAACUCUGCAAUACUCUGACACACACCAAAAUAGAGAAAAUGCACCACAAUAGGUUUUAUGCCAAAAUAUAAAAGAUAAAUCUUUUAUUUCAUUACACAUUAAAAUGCAAUACACAUAAAAAUAAUAUAUAUAAAGUGAGACCAAUGAGAUGUUAUCUAUCAAUGAUUGUCAUACUGUCAUCUGAAAUACUCUGCUCAA